GAAAAAUUUUUGUUAGCUGAAAAGACUAACAGGGGUAGAGUGGGGUACUUUUGUAUCCAUAGUAACCUAUAACUUUCAACAUGGCGGAUGGCGCGAAGUUGAAACGYUGGUUGAUUGUUCAUUUCCUUUUUCUCUGCAAGGACAUGGAUUAUURAUAUUCUCARGGUUSUUUAGGAUACCUUUGCAACAAUUUGGCAGCAAUAUGGCGAUGGAAAAGCUGUGCACGAUCAAAGAGACUCACAACAAAGCCAUAACUGCUGUYACGUACAAUCCGAUGAAACAUGAAAUAGUCAUUGGGUUUCAAGAUGGUGUGAUCAAAGUUUGGGACUAUUCUGCAAGUGAACCAGGCAAGCUUUUGAGGACUGUCCAUGAACAUGAUGGAUGGGUUACAAGCUUUCUUUUCUGGAGUGAACCCAAACUAUUGUUUUCUGGUUCGAAUGAUGGUACCAUUAUUGCCUGGGGCUCUGGUGGAGCAGUACAUGAUAGAGUCCCAAUUGGUGACCCUGUUUAUUCSAUGGCAUGGAAUACACGUCGUAAUCAGAUAGUGGCAGCUGUUGGCUCAAGUGUCCAAGUGUUCAAUACACGAGAUCAAGGAGAAGUUGGCCAUGUAAUAGAUCCUAAAGCCUUCAUUUCUAAAGAACACACAGACCUUGUAAAAUGUAUAGCUUGUCAUGAAGCAAGAGUCUAUAGUGCUGGGUAUGAUCAAAUGCUUGUGAUCUAUGAUGCUGCUUUUUCCUAUCACAAUAAGAACAUUUUAUCAGUUGUUACUAAGAUUCCCAAGGCUCACGAUGCUGGUAUUAUUUGUUUGUGUCUUGCUCGUGACACUGAGAACAACACGUGGAUCUUGACAGGUGGMUUUGAUAAAGUUGUCAAGGUUUGGUCACAAGAUGGACAACCAUUACACAAGUUUGAUGGGUUUGGCACUGCAGUGUCUGCUGUGUGUUAUGUACGAGCCGUCAAGACAGUAUGGAUUGCUGGUGGGUCUACACAAGCUGCUAUCUAUGACCCUAAAUCGGGAGACAAUGUCUCUGACUUCAUUGGUACUUUUCAAAGUGAAGAAAUAAGUGGGUAUCCGCUGGUUUCACUUCAGUAUCUAACAGAUCUUGGACAUGUCAUUGGGACCAAUACAAGGCGUCAUUUGAUAUUCUGGAAGUAUAAUUCAUCAGGAUGUGUAACAACGUUAAAGAAUAAAUUUUCAGUGGAAACUCUUACUUACACCCGUAAAGUCCCUAUAUUGAUAUUCAGUGGUGGUGGGGAUGGCAAUGUAACUAAAUGGGAAAGACUCCAAUCAAAUAACUUCAUGUAUAGAAAAUCUUCUAUCMGAUCUACCCAUAUCUACUUUGUUGGUUGUUUAGCCUUCGCYGAUCUUAGUGUUGGAGUUGUAACUGUKCCCUUCUACAGUGCCGGCUCGUUAACUUGGCCAUUUCUUCUUAAAGGCACUCGUUAUUUUGAGAUGGUACUGGACUUCUUGAUAUUYCAAAGUCUUGGCGCAUCUACAUAUAGCCUCCUCGCAGUCAGCUACGAUCGUUUUGUUGCGAUUACAGCCCCACUGAUGUACCCUGCUAWGAUGACCUCUAAAAGGGUGUUUACCUGCAUCUGUCUUGUAUGGAUUGUAGCAACCAUCAUUGGAGCAAGUAGUUUUAUGUUUAGYGACUAUGAAAGCAGACCCUCUGUUUAUUUGCUCGUCAUUAUYGUUGCUUUUGUUAUUCCAUUCUUACUGGUAGCUUACUUUUAUAUAAUAAUUAUCAAAAUCGCAAGGCGGCAAGCUCGUCUCAUUGCAAGUCAAUGUGAACUGAACUUGACGGAAGAGCAAAAACAAUCACGAACGAAUGAGAAACGAGAACAAAAAGCAGCAAUGACCAUAGCUAUUAUCAUCGGCGCAUUUGCUUUAUGUUGGUUGCCUAAUCUAGUCAUUGGGCUUAUUCACUUUACUGUAUCAACCUACAGYGAGUGUGAAGCUGAAAAGAGUGAACAGUUGUGGCUUGCUACGUUGCCUUUYGCCUUUAUCAACUCUGCCAUUAACCCAAUUAUUUACACAAUGCGCCAUAAAAACUUGCGUGGGGAAUUAAAGGAUAUGUUAAAGGCGGCCUGCGCUAAGAGAAGUCAAUAA